AUGGCAGAUGACAGAAUAAGGGAAUUAGAAAUCAUGAUAAGACUGAUAGACAUUGAGAUUAUUUUGGCCAGAAGGCGUGAGGGGAGACAAGAACAAGCCAGCAGAAGGAGAAGAAGAAGGAGGCAAGUUUGGACAAGAGAAUGGCUCAAAAGAAGGGUCAUGUUUGGUCAAUAUGAUACUCUGUUACAUGAACUAAACAGAGAGGACCCCAGGUGUUACAAGAACUUCCUCCGUGUUGAUGCUGACUUGUUUCAGGAGUUUGUGCGACGUGUCGGGCCACAAAUAACCAAGAAAACAACCAAUUGGAGAGAGCCAUUGGACCCUGGAUUGAAGCUUGCAAUCACACUCAGACACAUGGCCACUGGUGCUACAUUCAGAGAGUUGAUGUACAGUUUCCGGGUAGCAGACAACACAAUCUCAACAUUCAUACCGACAGUCCUGGAGGCUAUAGUCGACACAUUCCAAGCCGAAGUUAUGCCACCACUUAUUGAGCCAGAUGAAUGGAGGGAAGUCAGUAUCAGGUUCAACACCAAGUGGAAUUUCCCUCAUGCUUGUGGUGCCCUGGAUGGCAAGCAUAUUCCUAUCAAGGCCCCACCAAAUUCUGGAUCACUCUACCACAACUACAAGGGCUUCUUCUCCAUGAUCCUUCUGGCAUUGGCAGAUGCCGACUACAAGUUUAUAUGGGUAUCAGUGGCGGAGUAUGGCUCAGCAUCCGAUUGCCAAGUGUUCAACGAAUCUGAAUUAAGGGAAUUGGUGGAAGACGGUGAGCUAGGCUUCCCUGAUCCAGAGCCACUGCCAGGCCUGACGGAAAACCUGCCCUACUUCUUCCUGGGAGACGAAGGAUUUCCCUUGAGGACAUGGAUGAUGAAACCCUACUCAAGGAUGGGCCUUGGCCACGAUCAGCGCAUAUUUAACUACAGGCUGUCUCGUGCCAGAAGGGUGGUGGAGAAUGCAUUCGGAAUAUUGGCCAACAAAUUUCAAUGUCUGUUGAAUGCAACAGUUUAUUAG